AUGUAUAUCCAAUACCGCCUGUUCAGCGAGCACUCCCUGUGGAGGGUGCUUGAAAUAAACAAAAGCGAGAACUACAUUUUGGCCAGCGAGCUGAAACACAUCAUAUGCAAGCAGAGCAAUAUAAAUUAUAACAGCAAGAUUGAUAUUUAUUUUUCUGUGUACAAGGAUGACGAAGAGGGUAGCAGGGUCAGCGGCGUGAGUGGGGUCGGCGGCGGGGACAACGACGUGGACUUCUUGAAUCCCGAGGACAAAGUAUACAAUGGGACGAAGAUUCUCAUCCACAGGCAUAUAAAGAAGAAAUCCAAUUUGAGUGAUAUUACUCAUGAAGCAAAAAAAGAAAUAAGUGUGGACAUAAGGGAAGAACAAAAAAUAAACAUUCCAAUUGAAUUUCUGUGUAAAUUAUGCAGCUACAUCCUAAUCGAUUCACAUAUCCUUGUGUGCACUAACAACUGUGGUUACUCGGUGUGUAAGACUUGUAUCUUAUUGUAUGUGUUAAACAAACUCGUUACGCAAGAUGAAAAAAAGACCAGUACAGUGAUUGACUUGAACAGGCUGAAGGACAACUCUAUACAGUGCCCACUCUGUAACGGAUCCUUAAAAUAUUGCAUAUGGAAUAAAAAGUUAGAAUUAACUUUAAAAAAGAUUAUAAAUGAACGGAGUGAUAUCGACUCGUUUAAACUGAACGUUGAAGAAAGGAACAGUCGCUUCCUACGUAUCGUGGAAAAAUUGAAGAUUGAAAAUUUUCCUCCAUCAGCAAGUGUCACCAAAGAAAACAUAUUUGAGAGCGACGUGUUCAAGGCGAUUGAAGCCAAGUACAUUUUGUCCAGCGGGAACAGAAAGACAGACGAACCGUUUAGAGGGGAGGACGACAAGGAAGAGGAGGAUGUGAAGAUGGCUAACCAUUUCCUCUACCUAAUGACCAACCCUAAACAGAAUUGCAUAAAGGAAUUUAACAUGAUCUUCCUCGAGUUUGAAAAUCCCAUAUUUGACACAGUGCAGAAGAUGGGCUUGAAGGCUGCGUAUGAUCAGCAGGUGGGCAAGGCCAGCCCAGGGGCAGGGCCAUCAUCGGUAGGUAGUACUUCUGCUGCUGCUGCUGUUGGCGUCGGCGGUGAUGCAAUUGCUGGGGAACGAAACGAAACCGUCACGCAAAGCACAUCUAACUCGGGCAUGAAGGCAGGUGUGGACAAUUCCGAGGACGAUGUGGAUGAAGAAAUGUACAGCCACAGCAAAGUAUACAUCAUGCCCAUCUCAUUUGUCGGGGGAGAAACAUCCUACUCGUUAAUCGGUGUCUUCUAUGUGAAGGGUCUAUACAAACAUGUGUCAACUUCAAGCACUGUUAGAGACGAGGGAAAAGAGCAAGCCAUUUUGAAAAAUUUUCUCCAAAAGUGGUUCUCCGAUGAGGUGAAAUCUAAUCAGAAUCCAUCGGACAUUCUGAACCCACGGGAACGGCUCAAGUCUGGAGAUGUGUAUACCCUAGAGUGGGUUCACAAGUACGAAAAGACUUGCUUCUUCCCAGCGAGGAAACAACCCAUAUAUAACAUUAUCAAUAGCAGAAGGCAAAGAAGUAAGAAAAAAAAUAAUAUUGAAAUUGUCCUCGAUCUGAAAAAAUUUGUGGAUGUGGUUUUGAGUGUAAACAACUACAUAAAGUAUGGAAGUCGGCCAAAUAAUUACGACACGAAGAAGGGAAUGGUGUCUUCCACUGUGGAAGAUGAAGAAGGGAAAAAGAGAAUGCCACCACCACCUACCAGGAUGGAUAAUAAAUUAGGGGAUCCGAGUGGGUGGGCCCAGACCAUUGGCAGUGUUGAUGCGAUGGUGAAUCAGAAUGACGUGGCGGCAAAAGAAAGGUUAGGAAUUUUUUCCAGUGCUGGGGAGGCAUCCUCUUCUCCAUCAGGUGAAUUAAUAAGGCAAAGCGAAUUUCAAGACAUUUUUGAAUUGAUGUAUGACACGAAAAUUUGCCCAGUAACAAUUGGGCACAGGUUCCAUGUAAGCAAUCCCUAUGCUGACUACUGUGCCCUUUUGCCUUUUUUAACAAAGGAGGAUUUUCUUUUCAUUCGCAAGCUCCAGAGGAUUUACAAGGAGAAGUAUUUGCGGCAGCUGUACAAGCACGUGCGCAGAAAUGACCUGAGCAUGAACAUAUUUUUUAACGCCGUCAACUCUGUUUUUUUUUCGAGCCCGAGAUGGCAGCCGUAG